UGACAGUUUUACUGUCAGUUAGGCAAUGUCAAUUUUGCAGUUCGUCUUCGUGUUUAUUAAUUUAAAAGUUGAGCGAGUUCAUUCAAGUUUCAAGGUAUAUAACAAUGCACCUUUAGCUUAGAAGUCAAGUUAAGCUUGCGUACAAAAUACUAUGUUUGAAUCAGAUGACUUUGAUCAGGUUCUAUCUCAGUUUGAAUUCCCAGAAGAUGUGACUGUUUUGAAGCAAAUAGAAGAAAAAAAAAUAGAUAAGCAUGGGCCAGACAAACCCGAGUUCUCAAAUAAGGUGGCUAAUAAAGUUGUACAACAAACUAAAGAUUCGACUACGGUUGUUUCGGAUAACAGAUGUAAUAAUGACAAUUUAAAUACUGUUAUUCAUAAACUCGACAAAAGCAAUGCCACUGCCACUGCAACAGAUGUUGUUUCUCCAGAACACACAAAAAGGAAAAUGAUUCAUUCUUAUUUUGAUCACAAGAGCAAACGAAAGUUUCCUGGACCUGCUGGUCUCCUUACUGCAGGGUUACAAGACGAUAAAGAUGAAAAUAUUUGUCAAUUAGAACUCCUUUCCCAGGAUGUUGAUUUUUCUCAAAGCAAUUUACAAGGAGAUAUAUUUUCAUCACCACUGUGGGUUAGGCUAUUAGACGACCUAAAAAGUUGGAAUUUACAUGAAAUUGAUUCAAUAAAAACAAUCAAGCAUCAGGCCCUAACAGGCAGCUUGAAAAGAAGGAAAGCUCACACUAUAACUGCAUUUGUUGAGAAGGUGGACAGAUCUGCUAUAGACCCAUUGAUUAUUAUGAGAGAUGCAACUGGUAAUAUAAAGGGAACACUGCAUAGAGAUGCUUGGUCCACAUUCUGUAAAUACAUUGCAUCUGAUUAUUGUGCAUUUAUAUUGUGGAAACCUACAAUACUUACAACUGGAGGAGCUUUUAAGAAACACUACCUCAAUAUUACUUUGAGUAAUAUACUAGCUAUUUAUAGUUCAGCAGUAUUAACAGAUGAAGCUGAUGCCAAGCCAUUACCUGAUAAUUAUUCAAUUGUAUAUGAGGAAGACUACACUGUGAUAAAGACUCAGAAUAAUUUAAAUAAUAUAGGAACAAACAAUACAACAAGCAAUGGAUUUGAUAUUAAUGGUGCUGAUGACUUAGAUGAGUUAGAUACUAUAUUUUCAGAUGAUAUAUUUUAAUGCUUUACUGGUUUUUUGUUGUUGUUAAUAAGCAAAAACAAAUACAUAAAAAAAUCCUAUAACGGAUAACAAAGCAAACAUACCAGUUCUUAUAAAAAUAUACAAUGAAAAUAAAUUAUUUGCUAGUUCACUUCAUUUAUUUUGUUAGUCACAUAAUUGUCGUGAUACAUUUACAGAGGUAAGAUUUGAUUAUAAUAAAAAUAUGUUUGUACAA